AGGCAGCCGGCCUCAGGCCUCCAACCUCCCAGGGCUCCUCCUCCCCAGCCCACUGCCCCACCCCCUCGCAAGCACAGAUGUUUAAUACUCCUGGCAUCUGAGGCCACCCACUCUGGACUUGGGCCUCUGCUGUAGCUGGUGUGUGAGCCUGGGAAGCUGGGAGGAAAAUCUCCUUAAAAGCAAAAGCAGCAGCUUCAGGCAUUGUAGGACCUGCGAGCUUGUCCUCCCAGGAGGUAAGGUGGAUGCUGGGCGCUGAGGGCUGGGAGAGGAGGACCUGGGUUUCCCGUGUGGCCCUAAGUGGGAACUCCAGGCUUGUCACAUGUUCAUUCCUUUUACAAUGUCCAGUGACCCUCAGGACUUUGAGGGUGUCAGCCCCACCUGGCCAAUGAAGUCCAAAGAUACUAGCAGACAAGUUGGGGGUCACCUGAACUCAAAUAAAGGGCUUCCAACUCCAUCUGCGGUUCCAGACACAAGGCCCAGGUUACGCUUAGGCGUUGAAGGGUCCCUGGUUUCAUGGCAGAGGAGAAGUGUUAGCUAACAAAGUCUCUGCUGCAGAACAGCAGGCCUGCACCCAAGACUGGUGUGUCUGCUUUGAGUCAGGUUAGCCACAGUGCAGGGCCUGCCCACAUCUUUGCACUGCAUACAUGAGCUGUAGUUGUCAGUCAUUCACCAAACAGCUCAGCCCAGAUGUUCUCAGACAGGGAGGAUAUUGCAGGCAAGGGUGGGGGACCAUGGUCAACUGGCCAGGUUUUCCCACCCGGCCUAGGCUGCCACCUACAGGCCACUGGGGCCCCCCACCAUGUGGCUGCCUCUGCUACUGGGUGCCUUGCUCUGGGCCGUGGUAUGGUGGUUCAGGGACCGUCAGAGGCUGCCCGCCAGCGAUGCCUUCGUCUUCAUCACCGGUUGUGACUCAGGCUUUGGGCGCCUCCUGGCACUGCGACUGGACCAGAGGGGUUUCCAGGUCCUGGCUGGCUGCCUGACGCCCUCGGGCGCAGAGAAGCUGCAGCAGGUGGCCUCCUCCCGCCUCCACACCACCCUGCUGGAUGUCACUGACCCCCAGAGUGUUCAGCGGGCAGCCACGUGGGUGGAGAUGCACGUUAAGGAAACAGGGCUUUUCGGUCUGGUGAAUAAUGCUGGCGUGGCGGGCAUCAUCGGGCCCACACCGUGGCUGACCCGAGACAAUUUCUACCACGUGUUGAGUGUGAACACAUUAGGGCCCAUUGGGGUCACUCUGGCCCUGCUGCCCCUGCUGCAGCAGGCCCGGGGCCGGGUGGUGAACAUCACCAGCGUCCUAGGUCGCCUGGCAGCCAACGGUGGGGGAUACUGCGUCUCCAAGUUUGGCCUGGAGGCUUUCUCUGACAGCCUGAGGCGGGAUGUGGCUCCCUUUGGGGUCCGUGUCUCCAUCGUGGAGCCUGGCUUCUUCCAAACACCUGUGACCAACCUGGAGGCGCUGGAGAGUGGCCUGCAGGCCUGCUGGGCACGGCUGCCACCAGCCACACAGGCCCACUACGGAGAGACCUUCCUCACUAAGUACCUGACAGUGCAGCGGCACAUCAUGAACUUGAUCUGUGACCCAGACCUCACCAAGGUGAGCAAGUGCCUGGAACAUGCCCUGACUGCUCGUCACCCCCGAACCCGUUACAGCCCUGGCUGGGACGCCAAGCUGCUCUGGCUGCCUGCCUCCUACCUGCCAGCCAGCCUGGUGGAUGCCGUGCUGUGCUGGGUCCUUCCCAAGCCUGCCCAGGCAGUCUACUGAGUCAAUCCGCCCAGCAGGGGCUGCUUUCCAAGGGCAAGCACUGGGAUCCACUACUGUCCUCCCUCUGGUACUACCUGGCAUCUAGCACCAAACAGGCAUGCAAUAAAUGUGUACUGUCUAGAAAAGCAAAGUGUAAGCGAUCAGGGCACAGGCACCCACUAUGGGACACUGGGGGAACCCCUUUAUCUUUGGGUGAACUUUGAAGCUGCACCUAAAGGAGUGGCCA